UUUGCCCUCCUCCCUCCUCCCUCCUCCCUCCUCCUCCAUAGCCUCUCUCUCUCUCUCUCAUAGUCAUAGCCAAUACUCAUCAUUUCCAAGUCAAAACACAAAACAAAAAGGAACCCAACUCGUUCAAUUUCUGAGCUUCUGAGGGCAAAAUAACCAUAAGCUGAAUCAAGAAAAAAAAUGAAGGAAAGCUCAGAUGGGUUUGUGAGGGCAGAUCAGAUUGAUCUGAAGAGCUUAGAUGAGCAGCUGGAAAGGCAUCUCAACAGGGUCUUGACUUUGGAGAAGAACAAGAUCAUGAGAGACCCUGAAACCAAUUCCAACAGCAUCCACCUCACUACCACCUCCAACUCCAAUUCAACCACCACCACAACCACCACCUCCACUUCCUCCAUGACCCUCUCCAUCCCCAGGCGCCACCGCCAGGAGUGGGAGAUCGACCCAUCCAAGCUCCUCAUCAAGUCUGUCAUUGCUCGUGGCACCGUCCACCGUGGCAACUACGACGGUCAAGAUGUCACCGUUAAAUUGCUUGACUGGUGAACCGGUGAAGAGGGUCACAGGACAGACUCAGAGAUUGCUUCUCUAAGGGCAGCUUUUACUCAAGAAGUUGCGGUCUGGCAAAAACUAGAUCAUCCUAAUGUUACUAAGUUUAUUGGGGCGACAAUGGGUUCAUCAGAUCUACAAAUACAGACAGAAAAUGGUCAAAUUGGCAUGCCAACUAAUAUCUGUUGUGUCAUUGUGGAAUAUCUUCCUGGGGGUGCUCUAAAAUCGUACCUCAUAAAACAAUUUAUAUAUACUUUGUGGCUUAGUUCGAAAGGUUUUUGCCUUGUGUGUUGUCCUACCAAGAUUUCAAUAACGUUGCCACCAAUUUCUGUUAGUAUGCGAUCUGUAAAUUUCUACGUAAAUUCAUACCGGUAG